AUGGAUGCGACGGAACGGAUUAAAGCAGCGUCUAACUUCCUCCUUCAGUCCCCUCCUGGCGAGAUCAACGAUGUACUAAACGAUAUUCGCAACAUUAUCUCCGACGACGAUCUCCUCCAGGAAGGCAUCCAACCCGUUCUCAGGAGAUACAAUAUAGAACAAUUCACCGUUGUGGAUGUUCCGGAGACGAAUCAUCAAUCCAUCAUCAGUGAAGCUGCUCGAGUGGGGUCUUCAUCAGGGGAAGAAGAGCGGUUCUUGGAUCCGAGGUCGAAGAUAUCUUUUGUAUUCGACCAUCUCAGCCUUGAAGCCUCAGACCCACAACCCUUCGAGGCGGAUGCCGAACAAGAAUCCUUCCGUGCUGCACUAGAGACUGCGGCCUUGAAUUAUCUCAAGGCUCAUUUCAUAGAUGGUGUCGCGGCUGUCUUCUCUUCAAAAGAAGGAGCCAACCGUUAUGUUAUCCAAGUUGUGGCGAACAAAUAUAAUCCAACGAAUUAUUGGUCCGGAAGAUGGCGUUCAGAAUAUGUGGUCGAUUUGACUGCAAAUGAAGUUGUCGGAAAGAUUCUCAUCAACGUCCAUUAUUAUGAGCAAGGAAAUGUUCAAUUAAAUGCAAAUCACGCCGUUUCUUUCAAUAUCCCCCCAGCAAUUGCAUCGUCUGUCGCAAACACUGCAUCCUCCAAGAUCUUCGCGUUGAUCGAAGACGAGGAAGGAAAAUAUCAGGUAUCUUUAAACGAGACCUACCAAGAGAUGGGAGAGAAGACCUUCAAGGGAUUGAGGCGCGCUUUACCGCUUACAAGGCAGAAGUUGGACUGGGACAAGGUGAUGGGCUACAGACUUGGAGCAGAAUUAUCAGGAAACAGAGGCCCUUUCCCCACUACAUGA